UUCAGACGCGGUUGGUCGCUGCUGCGCGAAAAGCUGUUUUUGGACUUUUUAAUGUGUAUUUUUACUUCUUUUUUCCGUCUCCGCUCUAACUUCGCAGGUUUCACUCUGAAACUAAAGUUUCAUUAAAACGGAUCUUCAUCCGGGUCGGAACUCAAACGCUACCUUUGUCUCAGGUUCGCAGUUUAGCUGGGACCUUUUUCAGAUGGAGGAGCUCAGUGAGGACUGCAGCCUGAACGAUGAUAUGGUGGAUGGGGACCUGGGUGAUGGGAUAGGAGUCACGACAGCACUCAGCUCCACGAGGAUGAAGAGUGAGAGAGUGAGCGGUCGCUCAGAGAGCCGGCUGCUCAGAGCAGACCCGCUGCAGUGCAGCAGUCGAGCAGGAGAGGCCGUCUGGACUCCUACAAUACAAACUGCAGAGACACAGCAGAGAGCCCAGCGGGAGCUGUCGUACUCUGAUGAUUACCAUUCCUGUGCCAUUCUCGACAAAGCUACGAGUCACACUAAAAGUGUGCUGCAGAAAACUGAGGAGAAAGCCAAAGCCCUCGAGAAGGAGGUGAACAGUCUGCAGUGGGAGCUCAGCUUCUCUCAGGCUCAGAUGAAGAAAUCUGAGCAGUCCUGGGAGCUCAAGCACAGCAGAGUGUCAGGUGACAACAAGAUUCUGACUGACAAGUUGCAGGAGAUGGAGAGUGAGAGCCAGCAGCUGCGAGCAGAAAACGCAGCCUUGAAGCGACAGUACCUGGAACUUCUCUCCAUGCUGAAUGUGAAGGAGCAGAGGAUUUACCAAGCCACCAAGCCUCAGUACAGCCUGGACACCGAGUCAGGUGUUCUGGAGUUGACUGUACUGGGAGCCUGCCAGUGUGUGCUUGAUACUGAACCGUGUCCAUGUAGUCGGACUGCUGCUGCCAGCAGGAAGCAGUUGGUCCAGUUACAACAGGAGCUGGAUGCUCAGCGUUUAAGGAAAGAAGAGGCCUUGAUGGUUGCGGAUGCUUUUCGCAUCGCCUUUGAACAACAGCUGAGGAAGCGAAGUGAGGAGUUCCUGCUCGUAGCCGAGGCCAAUAUUAAGAAAUCAAAUCACUCUAAAGCUGAAGGUGCCAACAAGAGUCCUUUAAUAAGUGUGAGUAAGAGGCUGAAGGCAUUGCUCCCUUCUGGUCUGGAGAUGAAAGUGCCUGAUGAACAUUUAGAGACUCUCUACAAGCUGCUGGACUUGCUGAACGACAAGGAGGAGGCCCUGGCCCACCAGAGGAAGGUGAGCAUCAUGCUAGCCCACAGCGCUGAGGAGCUGCAGAGACAGUUGCAUCUGGGUUCCAGUCGCCAGCUGCAGGACCCACCAGACCCCAGGAUUCAACAGAGGCAACCCCAGGGUCCACUGGAGAACCAGAGCCAGUCUCAGAGAACAUCUGAGACACCAGAACCUGAGGAAGUGUCAUCAGAGUGCAAACUCCACCGUCCACCACAGCUCUCUGAGUCCAGGACAGACUCAGAGGGUGUGUGAUCAAAGACUAGCAGUGAGGUACUGGCUAAUUACAGGAGCAGUUAUCGUCCUGAUCUCCCCACAUGAGGAAAUACACUGAAGCUUCUGUCUGAGCACUCAGGCUGUCCUCUGAGUCCCAAACUGUGGCAGGUGACCUGUGACCUGUCCAGAAUCCACCCCAGUCCUAUCAUGGCUGGAGUUGCAUUAUAUGUUGCAUUGCAUGUUCAUCCAAUAUUAUUUUAUCUUAGUCUGUAAAAUCAAUUGCUUACACAACACAUAACACAACAUCAGCUCUUUGCAAGCGUUUGAAACCGAGGCCAGCGACGGCCCGGAGUGACGUUAACGUCUCCUGAGCAAAGCUCUGCCAUCCCAGCCAGGCAGGCCGUCUGAUUAUCAACCUGACUGUUGCAGUCAGCCUCACAGAGCUGAGACAGACAAAAGUACUGGGUCACCUCGUUGCCUUUGAAUUCAGGUGUUUAAUUCCAGAUCUUAGCCACGCCCUCUGCCUUUAUAUUUCAUCCCAGAGUCUUUCUCACUGAAUUUGAGGAUGAUACUGUAAGGUUUGAUCCAUGAUCAAACAUUUCUUCCUCCUAAAUGAUCUCUAAUCAGCUGUGUGUAAUUGCAGAGUGAAAGUGGAACCCCACAGUCAUGAAAUGACAGCAAGCAGGAAGUUACACAGCAGGUUCAGCGAGUGCCUUGAUGCCCACAGCGUUGCUGUGUCAGUGACUCGUGAGCUCUCCUGGCCUGCGUAUAAACAACAUGCCAGGAGUGGCACACAGCUGCUGUAGGUGUGACACGUGAGCUCUGGGGCGAUCGUGGCUCAAGAGUUGGCAGUUCGUCUUGUAACCGGAAGGUUGCCGGUUUGAUCCCCGGCUC